UAAAAGCCGUAACAUUUUGUUACAAACAAGUUUGGUUCAACUUAGGAAUAGUUUGUCUUUCAUGUUAUAUAAAAAAAAUUAAUUCAUACCAAUGGAUUUGAACUAAAAAUACGCGAAAAGGUUGUUACUGAUCCGGAAUACCCAAAACUACUGUCAUGAUGUUUUCCAAAGGGCCCGCGUCUCGCUUGCGGCGACCUCUCGUGGAGGCUGCGCGCCUGCUUUCUGGCGGCCGGAUGCAGACGGAGAGUAUCUCGUGUCGGAGCUCCAUCGAGCGCUUCCUUGAUAACUACGACACUUUUCUGUUCGAUUGCGACGGUGUUGUGUGGAAAAAUGAUCACGUCACUCCCAUCCCCGGCAUUCCUGAAGCGAUUGAAAAACUACAUCAACUGGGGAAAACGGUUAUAUAUGUGACUAACAACAGCAUGGUUUCACGGGCAUCAUUACAGAAGAAGUUCAAUCAGUAUGGGUUUGAUUCGUCCCUUACACAUAUAUAUGGACCCGGGUACUGCGCGGCCCUUUAUCUAAAAGAUGUAUUAGGUAUUGGCGGACGUACAUACUUGGUGGGCGGGACGGCAAUGAAGUGGGAGCUUGAUCAGCUAGGUGUAGCGAACUGCGGGGUUGGGGCGGAUACGGACAUACCCUCCAGCAACGUGCACCACCUCCUUGACCACACGUUCCACGACGACAUUCAGGCUGUUCUGGUUGGGUUCGAUGAACACUUCAGUUUUAAUAAGAUAUUUAAAGCAGCCAGUUACAUAUCUAACCCAGAAUGUCAUUUUCUUGCUACGAAUACAGUGGAGCAAGGCUUGUUUAUAGGCGAGGGCAGGAAGGACGGGCCUCGCCGCCUUCCUCUCACCGGGGUUAAGGUGAAUGCUAUUGCCAUGGCAGCAAACCGCGCACCUUUUGUGAUAGGUAAACCAUACAGGACGAUGUUCGACUGUGUGUUACAGACUCAUCCCGAUAUAGAUCCCAGCCGGACAGUAUUUGUUGGGGAUAAUCUGAAAGCAGACAUGGCUUUUGCCAAAACUAUAGGUGUAGACUCGACCCUAGUGUUGUCCGGCGUCCAUGGAUACAAUGACGUAAAGGAGAACUCGCACUUGGCACCCACAUACAUUCUUGGUUCUUUAGCUGAUAUAACAUAGAAUCCCCGGAACUAGGGGCCAGAGGCGCGUACCGUGAUAUAACAUAGUAUCCCCGAUAGUGGGGGCCAGUGGCGCAUACCGUCCUUAGAAAAAACAUUAUUUGUGCUGUGCUUUCAAUUUCUAUUAAAUGACAAAACAGAUAAUUACCGACUUAUG